UGUAGGCUGUAGCACACCGAUGACGCCUCGUCAUCGUUAUUCAUACUCUGUCCUCCUGUUUGUAGUCGACGGAUUAGUUUCGGAAGUGUAGGACGUCAUUAGUGAUUUAAAUAUAAUACGUGACUAUAAAUAACGCUCCUAAACCGUUAGUAGGCAGUAAAACUAUUUUAAGACCACUUAAACGGUUAAAAAUGCAACGUAUUCUGUGUAGUGCUCCAUAUUGAGAUCCAAAUGGACAGAUUUUUAGAUCAGUUCAACGAUAAAGUCGAAGUGAUAAUAUACGAGUGAGGAAAUUCAAGAUGGUCAUGGAGUCCGCGCAGCCUAAUGGGCGUUUUUGGCCCUUAUCGCCCCGUCUGUGGCGGCGGAGCCACGAGUACUCCAAAGUCGUGUUCGAGCCGAGACGACCACCGACAUCGCCGAUCGAGAUCAGAAAGCACCCGAGAAUCGACGAGACGCCGGAUCUGCUGCGUUCGAGGAGUUUCAUUCAGGACAAUAUCAGUCUGAGCGUGGACGAUACGAGAUGCCUGAUAGAAAAUAAAUUGAACGGUGACUCCAAAAAGCCGCCACUUAAAGAAACGAGAAAGCCGGAGGAUGCUGUUAAACUAAGAUUAAAAAAGCACAGAGAGCCCAGACCGAACAGCCUUCAGCUGCUGUUGUGUCCUUCCAGUUCGGGACAUUACAGCAGCAACACCUGGAGAUACACCAGAGUUCGCUCCAAAAGCCAUGAGCCGGAGGGCGGCGGUCGGUGCGGGGAGGGGCCGCUAGCUCGCGCCAUGCAGCCCGCCCCGCCCGGGGGGUCGCCCAAGCGCCAUCCAAACCCGCAGCCCGCGCAUGCGGCGUCGGACGCGUCGACGCUGAAGGUGCACCUGCCGAAUGGCGGGUUCAACGUGGUACGGGCAAGCGCGGACGAAGACGUGCGCGCCGUGCUGCGCCUGCUCGCCGCGCGCCUCGCCACCGGCGACCGCGUCUACGCAGCAUGCUACGCCAUGCGCGCGCGCAGGCUUACCACCGGGAAGAUCCGGUGGAUCCACCAGGACACGCCCGUGUCGGAGCUGCUGGGGGCGUGGCCGGCGAGCGAGUGGCGGCUGGAGCUGCGCGUGCGCUACCUGCCCGCCAACCUGCGCGACCUCGCAGACGCCGACCGGGUCACAUUCCACUACUACUAUGACCAGGUUCGACACGACUACCUCCACGCCAACCACCCAAUGGACAAUCAGGACUUGGCGAUACAAAUAUGUUGUUUAGAAAUAAAAUACUUUUGCAAGGACAUGCAGAUAUCAUUGGACAAGAAGUCUAACAUCGAGUACCUGGAGAAGGAGUUCGGCCUGCACAAGUUCCUGCCCAAGUCGGUGUUGGACGCCAUCAAACCCAAGGUGCUCAAGAAGGCGAUACAGCAACAGUUCAAAAAGGUGGCUAACCUGAGCGACACGGAGUGCAUGCUCAAGUAUCUGGAGACGAUGCACAGCCACUACGGGUACGACCGCGAGACCUUCACCGCGGCGCUCGGCAGCGGCUGGGCCAUACCAUUAGAGCUGGCUAUCGGACCCGAUAUAGACAUAUCGUCGGUGUCGCACAAGGCGGGCGAGCCGCCGACGUACACGAAGAUCGCGUCGUUCAGUAACAUCGUCGCCAUACAGACGCUCAAGUCCAGCUGCACGCAGUCGCAGACGCAGAGCGGCAGCGCGUGCGGUAAGGCGGCGUUGCAACUGCGAGUGAAGGGCGCUCAGGAGACGCUCACUAUCACCUGCAGUAGUGUAGAGGCAGCGGAAAGCUUGGCAGAUUUAGUAGACGGUUAUUGUAGACUAGUGACUGACUCACAAACCUCACUUUGGAAUAGGACGACUACUGUUUGGAAACAACUUAGCUGCCAAUGCAAAACGGAAAUGAGCAGCAGCUCGUCGGAGGGCAAGACGAGCUCGUGGGAGGCGACGACGGCGACGCUGCUGUCGGAGGACUACGCCGAGAUCGUCGACGACGACGCCGACUACUCCACGCCGCAAGUUCGCGAUUACGAGCUAGUUCGUAACCAGAUCGAGCUGACGGGUAUCAUCGGCGAGGGUCAGUUUGGGGACGUACACAAGGGCACGUGCCGCGUGACGCAGGCGACGCACCCGUCGCUGCGGCGUGCGGCGCGCGCGGCGAGGGGCGACCGCGGUGAACUAUUACUGCCGGUUGCGGUUAAGACGUGCAAGAUGGACGCUGACCUUGAUACGGCUGAGAAGUUUCUGGAAGAGGCCUACAUAAUGCAGCAGUUCUCGCACCCGCACAUAAUCGGCCUGGUGGGCGUGUGCAGUUCGCCGCCGAUAUGGAUCGUCAUGGAGCUCGCGACGCUCGGCGAGAUGCGAGCUUACCUGCAGCAGAACGCUCACAGGCUGGAAACGUGCACACUAGUCCUAUACAUAUACCAGCUGUCUACGGCGCUGAGCUACCUCGAGAGCAAGAAGUUUGUGCAUCGCGACAUCGCCGCACGCAACGUGCUCGUCUCCACGCCCACCUGUGUCAAGCUGGCGGACUUCGGUCUGUCAAAGAUGGUGGAGGACAAGUCGUACUACAAGGCGUCGCGCGGCAAGCUGCCCAUCAAGUGGAUGGCGCCCGAGUCCAUCAACUUCAGACGGUUCACCUCCGCCUCAGACGUAUGGAUGUUUGGCGUCUGCAUGUGGGAAAUCCUCAUGCUCGGCGUGAAACCGUUCAGCGGCGUCAAGAACAACGACGUGAUCGGCAAGCUCGAAAACGGCGAGCGGCUGACGAUGCCGCCGCGCUGCCCGCCGCGCCUGUACUCCGUCAUGUCGCGCUGCUGGUCCUACGAGCCCUCGCAGCGACCCACCGCCCACCAGCUCAAGGAGACGCUCUUUGAGAUCCUGCAAGAGGAGCGCAACUCAGCGUGGGACACGAUGCGGCGGGAGAACCGACGUGUUGCCGCCGCGUCUGCCACCGCCGACGCGCCGCCUAAGCCCGAGCGUCCGCCCGCCGCGCUAUCCGCAGUGGAACCGGGUGGCGGCGGCGGCGUCGGAGUGGGCGUGCCGCAGACGUACAUCGUGGCGCAGAACCCGCAGGUGCUGGCGCAGCUGCUGCGGGACAACCAGGCGCGCGCGCUCGACCCCCGUGCCUACGUCACGCCCGCCUCGAGCCCGGAGUUUGAUACCGAGCAAGCGGUCGAGAAACGAAUACGAGCGGAACUGGCGAGACAACAACACCAAAGUGAGGAGGAUCAGAGGUGGCUUCAGAUGCAAGAAGACAACUUGAAGCGAUUAUCGAACGUACAGCUAGUCCCGGCGACGCCGGCGGCCGCGGAGCGGGGCGACAAGGAGGUCGCGCGCGACUCCAGCGCGACACACUCUGAUGCUACAUCGUCGGAAACGAGUCCAGCAAAUACAGUGAAACAGCCUAAAUCAAACCCCCCAUCGGAAGAGAAGCCGGUGCACGCGGAGCGCGGCGAGCCCGUAUACGCGGCGACAACGGCCGUGGUCCGCUGCGUGAUGCGGCUGGCGGCGAGCGCAGGGGCGGGGGCGGGGACGGGAUCGGCGGGGGGCGGGGACGUGCUCGUGGCGCGCGUGCGCGAGGUCGCCGCCGCGCUGCGCGACCUGUGCGCCACCGUUGACAGGCUCAUCGCCGUGUUCCCCGAUGCGGCUCAACGGGAGGUGGAGAUGGCGCAUCAGGUGCUGAGCAAGGACAUGUCGGCGCUGGUGGACGCCAUGCGCGUCGCGCUCAAGUACGCCAACACCACUAUGCAGCAGGAGUACAACAAGAGCAUGCUAGCAGCGGCACACGUACUAGCGAUGGACGCGAAGAACCUCCUCGACGUGGUGGACUGCAUCCGCGAGCGGUACCCGCACGUGGACUGGCGCUCCGCCCUCGAGGACCCGUCCCCCGAGCCCCGCCCCCAGAACCGGACGCUCAACUCGCAGAACCCGGUGCUCGCACCGCAGGGCACCACCCUCACCCCGCAGAACCCGCAGGCCGCCGACGACGAGCCGCCGAAACCCGACUUCAGAAUCGAUCAGCCCGUCACCACCGCCCUCACCCGGCCCGACGCGCCCCGGGAGCACACCAGCCUGCCCGUCGCCGGCAACCGCGUGUCCACUCUCAUACACAGCUACAACCUGUACGGCAACGUGCGCGAGCCGCUUCACGCGUACGGCACCGAGGGCGGCUCCUUCCAGCCCUCCGCCGACGACACCGACGACGCGCCCGCGGAGUCCGUCCGCAGCCGCGUGCAGGCGCUGGCCGGCAAGCUCGACGCCCCGCCCGUAUACUCCGUCAGCAGGAAGAUGAUCCCAGUCGACCAGACCGCGCACGCCGACCGCGGCUGAGCGCGCCCCACCCCUAGUUCGCUUGUAGUGCCACUUCCUCGAGCGGGGCUCGGGUGCGGAUUCCGGCGGGCUCGGGGCCCUAAACCGUCGGUAACCUCAAUCGGACUAAGUAGAGUGUAUUUAUUUUGAAAUAACGUUGUGAACGCAAAACGACGCCGAUCGCGAGUUUGAUGUUUUUUCGUUCGUCCCGCCCCCGGAUCCGCGCCCGCGGGCGUAGUCGCCCCCACUCACCGGUUUCGUUGUAUCGUCCACGUUAUAGUUCGCUUCCUAGUGCCGUUCGCUUGUAUCGAUUGCUAAAUAUAUAUCAGCGAUAUCGAGUGUAUCGGAAUUCGGAACCUAGUGUUCGGUUAUAAAUGAUUACAAUAUAUUUUAUUCGUUGGAGUUUAUAUGUAAUCGAACCGGACUUUCUAUGGGUGAUGAGCAGAUCAUAAUUAGUGUAAUGUUUAAACACAGAAAUUAUAUUAUUGUUUCAGAAGAGAUGGAGAAACGCUUGAAUGUUUAGUUUGAAACGUAACACGUAAAUACAAAACGUCUGAAAUGUCUUCCGUAUCAUUUACAUUUUCAUAAAAAAAUACAAAAUUCACAAAAAAAUUAUGGGUUGAUAAAUAGAAAGUCUGGUUCUAAAUAUAUUAUAAUGGUCGACAUAUCAUUGGCAUUGUUUCGCUUGUAACUGAAUAUAGUGUUGCUUCGAGUUACAUAUCUUCAAUUAUUAUGUAUGGUCAUGUCAUGUCAUGUCAUAGUGUGAGGGUUGCCAUUGUCUUUCGUUCAUUGAAAUACUCAACAUUUUUAAUCGUGUUUAUGUUUGUACUUAUAUUUUUUUAGAAUUUCUCUAUUUUUUUAUAUAAUAUCAUAACAUCAAUGAGCUAGUGGCAGCCCUAUAACCAAUAGUAUGUUAUUUCCAUGAUGUAGCAAAACAUUAUUCUUAAACCAUUAGGUCAUUGGAUUAAAUUUAAAUCUUAUUCUCAAAACCGAUCAAGAAAAGAGAGACAAUUGUGAAAUCGAUUAGAGAUUUCUUCUUUUUCUCAGAUGGAUACAAUUAAUUUACUUUUAAAAAGAAACAGUAACAUCGGCUAUAGCUUUAUCGUUAACAACAUCUAAGUAGAGAUUCUUUCUCUUGAAUUCUAACAACGCGCGACAAAUAAGUCAAACAACAUUUUAAAUGAUUUAGCGCGUUCUUCAGUGUUUGUGAGAUUGAUUGUGUUCGAGCAGUCAGUGGCGCACAUUCCUAAUAAACGUAUGCACUUAAUUAAUUUACAAGUAUUUGUACAUUAUUAUUACCUACUAAUGUAUUUAUAUGAUUUUGAAUAAAGUAUUACACUGUACAGUCGGCGCUUAAAAUGUUACAAUUUUAAAGAAGAUUAUCGAUGGUAAAAGCUUUACAAUAUAAAUCUUAUUUUCGCAGUUACUAAGUACUUACUUCGCAUUUAUAUAAACUGAUUUCUGGCACUUACUUUUGGCCGACUGCAGUUUUAAGUUGCGGUGCGUAAAGUGUCUCAAGUGUGCAUUUAGUUUACGGCAUUCUUACACAGUAUUGUAAACGACAAACAUUAUUAUUUCUUUGUAAAAAUGUACAAAACCAAUAUUGUCAAUAAUUUUAAUUUUUAUCCAAAGUUUACUAUAAGCUUAGAUCUCAACAAGAUAGAGUCGUAACUGAUUAGUUGUGUAAUUAUAUCAGAAUUUAUUUAUUGAUGGAUCUUGUCGAUUUAUUUGUAAAUUGUUUAUGUUAGGUAAGCAGGAGUCAUUCCAAAGUGCGUGAGCGGUCGCGCGGGUGUCUGUAUCUCUCAUGGACCGGAUUUUGUUUAUGCAUAACUGAAUAAAGGACUGGUCAAUA